AUGGAGAAUUCAAUGAUAAAAAAUCUACCUCCACUCUCUUAUCUAUCACCCUCAGCCAUAUCUUUCCUGGACUCCAAACACCACGCUGGAGACGACCUUCAACAAGCUCCGAGUCUCCUCUUGGAGCUCCAGACUGAGUGUCAUAAUUUGGAUCAAAGCCUCUUAGAUCUCAAUCAGAAACUCCAAAACAGUCUAAUCGCUUACGCUUCGCAUGGGGAUCGAAUUGGUGUCCUUUUCGGCUAUAUCAAUGCCCAAUUGAUCAAUCUCCAAUCCUCCACUUGCGUUUCUGGUUCUUCAUCAGAUGGAGGAUCGGAGCAUAUAUUGGGGGAGGAGCUACCAGCGCUGGCGAAGGAAGUGGCGAGGGUGGAGACAGUGCGAAUGUAUGCAGAUAUCCGAAAAAAUGAGAGAAGAGUACUAGGUGAGACGUGGAAUGAACUAAGAGCGUAUAUGAAAACUGAAAGAGAUCGUGCAGAAUAA